CAAUCACUAUCUCUAGUCCUCCAUUUAAACCCACUAUACUCGCCAGUUCCCCGAAUCUCUCCCGACUUAUCACCCUCUCUAGCUUAUCUCCCCACGGUGGAUAACCCACGAUAUGCCUCCCCCCGCCGACGCCGACUCGGAAGCUACAUUUACUACCGACUACACUUCUUCUACUGACUCGCUCUUCCAAACACACGCCAAAGAGCAAAUGACAUGUUUUUACCCCUCGUGUCCCUUGCGCCCUACAACACAAGUUACCCAAUCACUAACCCCAAUGUCAAUGUCUUGGCUCUCAGGGUGGACCAUGCCAUUCGUGCCCCGCGAUGCCGGCAACGGAGGGGUCCAAGGUCAAGAUGCCUUAUUAUCGAGACGAUUCCCUUGACUUUGAGGUUGUAGAUUGCUUUUGAUAUCCAAUUCUAUUGUAUUGUGUUGUACAAGACAAAAUGACUGUUGUUACUCUUCCCGAGCCCUUUGCUAGCAUCCCCCGAGAGAACUUUCUCUUCGGCGCAUCGCCUCUUCAACCCCUCCCCAGAAUAUCCGCUGCUCUCGGUGGAAAGGUCAAUGUCUACGCAAAGCGCGAGGACUGCAACUCCGGUCUCGCCUACGGUGGUAACAAGGUCCGAAAGCUAGAAUACCUCGCCGCUGAGGCCCAAGCCCAAGGCUGUGAUACCCUCGUCUCCAUCGGCGGCGUCCAGUCCAACCACACCCGCGCCGUAACCGCCGUCGCCACAAAGCUCGGUCUCAAAGCCGCCACCGUCCAAGAACACUGGGUUGACUGGGAAGACCCCGGCUAUGAAAAGGUCGGCAACAUUCAGCUGUCGCGGCUCAUGGGCGGUGAUGUGAGACUUGACCCCUCGACAUUCGGUAUCGAGCACAAGACUACUCUCGCCAAGCUCACAGAUGAGCUCAAGAGCAGUGGUCGCAAGCCAUACUAUAUCCCUGCUGGAGCUUCAGACCAUCCCCUCGGUGGUCUAGGUUUCGCACGCUGGGCCUUUGAAGUCGAAGCGCAGGAGAAGGAGCUCGGAAUCUUCUUCGACACCAUCAUCGUAUGCGCCGUAACAGGCUCUACAUUCGCCGGCAUGAUCGCCGGCUUCAAGCUCGCCCAGAAGAAGAACGGCUCUCCCGCGCGUAAAAUCAUCGGCAUCGACGCCUCCGGCAAAGUACAGCAGACCUUCGACCAAGUCCUGCGCAUCGCCAAGUCGACAGCUGCCAAGAUCGGCCUCAGCGAGGACGACAUCACAGCGGACGACGUGAUCCUGGACCCCAACUACAACGCCAAGAUCUACGGCAUCCCUGACGAGACGACCAUUGAGGCGAUGAAGUUUGGCGCUGCGACUGAGGCGUUCAUCACGGAUCCUGUGUAUGAGGGCAAGAGUUUGGCGGGGAUGAUGGAUUUGAUCAAGACGGGCAAGAUCGCGAGUGGGAAUGUGCUUUAUGCUCAUUUGGGAGGUCAAUUGGCGCUUAAUGCUUAUUCUUCCCUAUGAUAUUGUACAUGAUAGAUUGUUAUUUGAGCGUAAAUAGAAUUAACCAAAAAUUGCCUAUUUCUAGAAUAGUAUGAGUGUCUAUGGGAACCAGGGUAAAUGGAUAGCCUAUAGCCCAGACAUGCUCUUGUCCAGUGUGCUUAUUAGAGCUCACAGCCUGUC